ACAGGAAACGCUGCAUUUCCUCGUUCAUACUUUAGAGUCUAUCAUUCCUUCCAACAAACAUCUUCAACGUGGGUCAGUAAUUUUGCUGGAUAACAAAGGAACAACAAUUUUUUGAUUGUUUGUAAGAAAAUUUACUGAAAACUGAGUGAAACAAUGAGUACAACGGAGAUGCUGACUAACUACAGCGAUUACGAUUACAACUACGAUACCAAUGCUCCCUGUGCCAUGGGAUCUGCAAAGAACUUCGGUCAAUUCCUCUUGCCAGUGCUCUACUCACUGGUGUUUUUGUUCGGGCUCCCAGGAAACGCUCUAGUGUUAUGGAUUUUCGGAAGAUACCGGCGGCCAAGGACCAUGACAGACAUUUGCCUUCUCAAUUUGGCAAUAUCGGAUUUACUUUUUGUAAUAUCACUUCCUUUCUGGGCAUAUUUUGUUGCAAAUCAAUGGAUUUUCGGAGAUGCCUUCUGUAAGAUUAUUAAUGCCUUUUAUGUGCUGGGUUAUUACGGCAGCAUGAUGUUCAUAACCCUGAUAAGUGUAGACCGUUACUUGGCAAUUGUUCAUGCUGUGUUUUCCAUCAGGAGAAGGAAUAUUGUACAUGGUCUUAUUUCAAGCUUAGUCAUGUGGUGCUUAGCUAUUCUAGCAUCACUUCCCUCUCUGAUAUUUACCCAAGUUAUCUCCAUGGAAGGAAGAUAUGUUUGCCAUUUCUUUUCUCCAAAUAAUAACUGGAGACUUUUUACCAUUUUCAGAGACAAUGCAUUGGGUUUUUUAGUGCCGUUGGUUAUAAUAUUUUUCUGUUACUUAAAUAUAGUUAUAACCCUGCUUAAGAACAGAAGUAAAAAGAAGCACAGGGCUAUAAAAGUUAUACUUAUUGUAGUGAUUUCUUUUUUUGUAUGCUGGACACCACAUAAUAUAGUGAUGUUACUAAUGUCUUUGAAAAAUCUGCAAGUUUUAAGUGGCUGUGAUAUCAACUUGAGGCUGUCUAUUGCUCAGCAGAUAACUGAAUCUUUCACAUUUGUACACUGCUGUUUGAACCCAAUUAUCUAUGCAUUUGUGGGUCAAAAUUUCAGGUCAGAUAUCCGCAGACUGUUUCAUUUGCCUUCAACAUGUGGACUUAAAGCAUAUAACAAAGAUCAGUUCACUUCUCGUGAGGUUAUUUCCAGUGACAAUAAAUCGUCCUCUGUAAUGUAGUCCAGUGUUCAUAUGUUUUUUUACAAUCAAUGUACAUAUGCUCUUUUUUAAUGCUAUUUUUAAAAUUUGUACAAAACGUAAACUGUGUCUAAAUAUAAAGCAAUCUGCACAU